AUGCGCAAGAGUUCAUUGUGCGUAAGUGUAAACAAACAGGACUUUUAUUUUGACUCCGGUUGUGAAUGUUGAACUUACUUCCGAGUACUUUUAUGUGAUUUCCUUCCUCUUCGCGGCACUGAUGUUUUGCCGGUGCGUUGUAGUGAAAGCGAGCAAAUAAAUAAUAUUAAGAAGUUGAAUCUGUAUUGUUCUUUCAUGGAUGGAUGACAACAACAUAUUGCACAUAGAGAUGACGGAUAGAAAUGAAAACCCUACAGGUUAUGGGCCCAGGCGCGCCAGUGCUACAGGAGGAAGAUGGCAGAGGCUAGUUUUCGACGGAGACGAAAACAACUACGAACUAUGGGAAGUAAAAUUUCUUGGACAUUUGAGAAUAAUGGGUUUAAAAGAAACCAUACUGUCUACCGGGGAUAUAGACGAGAAGACAAACGAGGAGUGCUACGCUAAAUUAAUUCAAUUUCUCGAUGAUAAAAGUUUGUCACUGGUGAUGCGGGAGGCGACUGAUGAUGGCAGGAAAGCUCUGCAAAUACUUCGAAAUCACUACGCUAGUCAAGGUAAACCUAGAAUUAUCGCCCUAUACACUGAACUAACUUCGUUAAAGAAGGAAUCUGACGAGACGUUAACGGACUACAUUAUCCGAGCUGAGAAAGCGGUGACUUCACUAAGAAACGCAAAAGAAGUGAUAAGUGACGGUCUGAUAAUAGCUAUGAUCCUAAAGGGACUACCAGAUUCCUACAAACCUUUCGCUAUUCAUACUACACAGAGUAGUGAAGAGUUGACUUUUAUCCAGUUCAAAAGCAAACUAAGAAGCUAUGAAGAGACAGAAAAAUUUGAUGAUAAACCCAAAUCUGACAAUGUGAUGAAAGUACACAUAGCAUCCGUGACCUGCUACGGAUGUGGAAAUCGCGGUCAUAUAGCGCGCGAUUGCCGCCAAAAAGGCGUACCAAAGUGGUGCAACUACCAUAGAAGUUCAACACACAGUGAUGAGACAUGCCGCCGGAGAAAAGAUGGUCACAAAGAUGAAGCAAAACAGGCAAAGCAGACAAACAAGAGGAGCAUGAGAAAGAACAAACAUUUGUGUUCAAAGUCAGUCAAACAUUUCUUCCAGACAACAUUACACAAAAUGGACUAAUGGUAGACUGUGGAGCAACAUCCCACAUCUUAACAGAGAAAAACAAUUUCACGAGAUUUGACAAGAGCUUCGACCCAAAAUCACACUAUAUGGAGCUAGCGGAUGGAGCCAGGAUGAACAAUGUUGCAUUGAUGCGGGGCGAUGCAGAGGUGGUACUACUGGACGUAGAAGGGAAAUGCGUCAGGAUCACUCUAAAGAAGGCCUUGUUCAUACCAUCAUACCCACAGAGCAUCAUCUCCGUUCAAGCUGCUACAACAGAUGGGGCCAAGGUGAUCUUCCAGGAAGGACAGAAUGAACUGAUAAGCAAAGAUGGAGUUGUGUUCCGCAUAGAAGAGCACGAGAGACUAUACUAUCUGAAAACGGGCAGUGUGUGGAGUCCCCCAAACCUAUAAAGAGGCCCUUAUGUCACCUGAGGCUCCCGGAUGGGAGCAUGCUAUGAAAGAAGAGAUGGACUCACUUAAAGAAAAUGACACAUUUGAAUUGACAACUCUACCAGAGGGCAGAAAGACAGUAAGGGGAAGAUGGGUAUAUGCCCUUAAGAAAAUGCAGAAACAGGAAAAAUCUUCAAAGCUAGGUAUGUUGCGAAGGGAUACAGCCAAACUGAAGGCAUAGAUUACCAUGAGACAUUUGCUCCUACAGCAAAUCUCACCUCAGUACGGGCAUUAAUGCAGAUAGCUGCUCAGAACAAUUUCUCAGUUCAUCAGAUGGAUGUCAAGACAGCAUACUUGCAUGCUCCUAUAGAGGAAGACAUAUACUUAGAACAACCAGAGGGUUUUGAAGAAACAUCUGACAAAGGAGAUAAGUUAGUAUGCAAAUUAAAAAAAAUCCCUAUAUGGCCUAAAGCAGUCUGGAAGAAACUGGUACAAACUUUUAAAUGAUCAUUUGGAACAAAACAACUUUGAGAGAAAUCAGUCUGAUUACUGUGUGUAUAGAAAACAAAUUGAAAAUGAGACAAUCAUAGUGAUCAUCUGGGUAGAUGAUUUGAUAAUUGCAGCAAGCAGUGACGAUCAGCUCAACAGUUUUAAAGAAAUAAUGAAGUCCAAAUUUAACAUGAAGGAUUUAGGGAAAAUAUCUUAUUUUUGGGGGAUUCAGUUUGAACAAAAAGAAGGAACAAUUAAAAUGAAUCAGAAAAGGUACAUCCUCAAAAUGCUUGAAAGGUUUGGAAUGUCAAACUGUAAACCAAAAGCUACCCCAAGUGAGUUAAAAGUUGAGUGUAAUAUAAAUGAGGAAGAAAACAACAACGAAAUUGAGAACCCCAAAGAAUAUCGUGAACUUGUUGGAAGCUUGAUCUAUGCAAUGACCUGUACCAGACCAGACAUUAGCUGGAUAGUCAGUAAACUAUCACAAACCCUUGCAAAGCCUAAAACACAUGACUUAGUAGCAGCUAAACAUGUUCUGAGAUAACUAAAAGGUACAGCUGACUACGAGUUGUGUUACAAGAAAACAGACAAGACUUUAAGUCUAAUAGCAUUCAGUGAUUCUGACUGGCAUCUUCUGUAGAAGAUAGGCGUAGCACUUCAGGAUACUGUUUCAGCCUGACAGAACAAGGCCCUGCUAUUUCAUGGAAGUCUAAGAAACAGCCGACAGUGGCACUGUCGACCUGCGAAGCUGAAUACGUUGGUCUAGCAAACACUACUCAAGAAAGCAUGUACCUAACUCAACUGCUAAAUGACAUGGACAGUAGUGUUUACAUUUGCACUACAGUGUAUGGUGAUAAUCAAGGGGCCAUUGCACUGAGUAGAAAUCCA